AUGAUUAUCGGAAAAAGAAGGUUGAAACAAAUAAAACUUAUUCUUGUAUCUCCUACUUUAGAGAAGAUUACAGUUUUAUCAUAUUUAGUUUUAAUACCAUUAAUGGUAGGUAACUUAAUAAUCUGAAAAUUAGAUGAUGUAUGAAACUUAUGGAUUAGGUAAUGGAUAUUUAAAUUUGUAUUAAAUCAAAUCAUAAUUCUAAGUAUAUACUUGGCGUAAUAGUACAACAGUUUAAGAGGCAUUCAAUUAUUUGAUGAAUGUUUUUACACCUAAAUAUUAUGCUAAUCAAUUUAAGUCUUCACAUAUUCCACUUUCUAAUUUAAUUAUUGCUUAAACAAGAUCUACAAUAUAUUAAUGUAAUACAAAUGUUAUAGAUUGUGAAUAUGGAUCAGAUUAAUAUUAGGAAGUAUAAUUCUAGGCUUUGGAUACAAAUAAUUGUGUUUCUGAAAAUUGUAGUGAAUUUAUUUAAAGUUAAAAAGCUUUUGGAGGAAUUAAAAUAAGUGUAGAUGGACAUUAUUAAACAUAUUAUGACUUUAAUUAUUACAGUGUUUUAAAAAUAGCAGAUAAUUAUACUAAUUUUUAUAGAAAAUUAAUUGAAAAUAAUUGGAUUGAUAAUCAUACUGAAUCUAUAGGAAUAUUUGGAUCAAUAUAUGAUUUGAAUAGCAAAUAAUAAGUUUAAGUUAAUUUUUUAUUAGAAUAAUAAUUUGCUAAAUAUCCUUUAUAUUUAUCUGAAACUUUUUUUUAAAUGCCAUUCUAUGAUUUUUAGGAUACUUUACAUAUUUUGUUGUUUUCUUAUUUAAUAUUUAUUGGUCUUUUAAAGAUAUUUAGAACAAUGUUAGAAUUAACCUAUAUUUUUUCAAGAUUUAAUUUUGUUUUUUAAUUGUAUAACUUUACCUCACUUAUUGUAUAUGUUAUAGUUCACUUUUAAAUUCUAAUAGUUAGAGAUUAAGCAUAAGAUGAGAAUUUAUUAUUUUCUAAAACAGUGUUAGAAAAUAAUUUUAAUGGGAAGAUUCUUUCAGUUGGUCCAGCAUUAUUAAUAAAUGAGUAUUAGACAACUGAAGAUGUAGGAAAAGUAUUACUUUUAUUAAGUUAUCCAUAUUCAUUUGUAUAAUUUAUACUCUUUUUUAAUACUGAAUGGAUUUAAAAUUAUCAUACAUUAUAGAUGAGAACAAUGCCUGGACUUCUAAUUUGUACAAUUUUAUCAAUUUCUUUUUAUAUAUUAACAUUUUUGCCACAAAGUUAUUUAGAUAAAUAAUAUAGAACGGGACAUCAUUCUAUUAAUUAUAUUGCAUAUAUAUUUGCUUAAUUGUUUUUAGAUAAUUAUUAAGAUAAUGAAGUAUUUUUAUAAAAGUAUGAUUUAGGAUUAAAAAAGAUUAUUAAGUUUAAUAAUUGAAAUUUUACAUUUUAUAUUUUAGAGUCUAAUAGUUUUAUAUGUAAUAGGUUUAUCAAUAGAAGGAUUUAGAAAAGCUUCAAUUUAUGAAAUGCCCUAUUAAACAAAGUAUGAUAAAGAAUUUAUUUAAAAUUUCGAUAAUUUGAAUAUAAAAAUUAAUAAGUAAUAAAUAAAAAUAUUAAUUAUAAAUUAGGGUUUUGAAAUAAGUUUAAAAAUUAUUUAUUAAAGAGAAAUAAUCUUAAGGCAAGAAAAUAAGUAGAAGAGAAGAAGAUAAAUAAUCAUAAAUUUUAGAUGAUGAAGAGACUUUGAGUGAUAUGUCUGAAAAUAAAUCUGAUAAAAUUUUAAUAGUUUUUGAAAUAAAUAAUGGAUUUUUAGAAGAUAUAAAUAGAUUUAAAGCAAGAAGAGAUGCUAAUUAAUAUGCAUAAAAAAGAAUUAAAUAUUCAAAAUCCAAUAAAGAAUAAGCAUCUUCUUAAAAAAUUAGAAUUAUUUAAUCUUUACUAUAAAAGGAUAAGGUUAAUUAAAGAUUGCAAGUAAUGUUAAGCAAACAUUGUAAUAAAAAUAUUAAUAUAUUAUAAUAGAAACUAAUGAAGCUUAAUAUACUUAACUUUAGGAAGAUUAAGUAGAGUAAAAUAAUGACUUCUUUUAGAGUUUUAAAGAAUAAAUAAGUGAUUAAGGAGUUAAGAUAAGAGAGUUUACUAUUAUAGAUUAAGUCAUAAAAUUUUUAGAAAUGUUAUUAAGAUUGAGACCUGAAUUUUUGAGUUUGAAUGCAGAAUAAAGAAUUAGAAUAAUGUUUUAUAUAAAUUCAGAUUAAGUUGAAGAAGAUGAUGUUUACAAAUUAUUAAGUUUUUUAAUUGUCAAUCUAGCCAAAUAACAUUUAAAUUAUCCAAUCCUUGUAUUUUCUUGUCAUAAAGAAUGGUAUAUUGAGAAAGCAUAAUAUUUAAAAUUGAAAAAGUUUUAUAGAAAUAUUUUUUCUACUUUGGAGAAAGAAUGUGCAUUAGAAUUUAGUCUGAUGCAAACAUCUUUCUUUGAUUUUUAAUUGAAAUUUUCGAAAGAUUAAUAGUUCUAUGAAAAGGAUAAUUAAGAAGAGAUAUCAAAUUCAAUGAUUGAAGAAGGAGAAGAUAAAUCAGAAUUACUUUGA